AUUAAUUAGUGGAACAAAAGACAUACCACUGUGACGAUGGUCAUUGUCUGGAACCCACACAUUACAGCUGUCAGCCACAACGAGGUGAAAUUUUUUUCACUAUGUGGCACUAAAAUCUUGCCGUUGUGGGUAGAACAAUGUGUCUUCCUCUGCACAUAAAGAAAACAAAGGAUGCUCUCGAACUACCCCAACUUACCCCCCAUUACACUUCGUCCCGCCUACAUGGACUCAUUUACAACAUAUCUUGACAUCUUUUCAAAGUCACCACUAGACUUGCAUGGGUCUACAGACGACCCCCCCUGCCCUAUUGACGAAGAAUAUUGGGGUCAUGGGCAGAGCGGGUUCUGUACCAUAUCAUAAUCCUUUUCACCACAGCAUAUUGCGGGCAUCCUGCUGGCUUCUACUAUUUUGUGCUUCAUUGCUUCUGUUUGAUAUAGUGGACUCGCUGCCCAUGCAGCAUUAUUUAUUUUCGAGAACUUGCUGCUCGUGCAGCAUUCUUUAUUUUCGAUGUUCUUGUACCCUGCUCGUGCAGCAUUAGCUAUUUUCGAUAUUCGUGUACCCCUUACUACCUCGCUAGUAGUACCUCCAGCCGUCUUUCCACUCCUUACUUCUCUGGAGAUUGUCGUUCUAGCUAUCGUUAUUCUUACUUACGUUGGAUUAGUACUCAUUCGAUCUUGUCGCUUUAACAUUGGUGUCAAUUUUUUGACUCAUACUCUGCCUUGCACCUCAUAAUUUUCAAAGUAUCGUCUUCGUUGCUUGUUGUCAGUGCCAAACCUCCGCCUAUAUUUACCAGCUGCCUGGCGGGGGCUCAAAACGGGAUGCUCAUAGCGCACACCCGUCCAACGUGAUCACAGGCUCAGCCAGGGCAUACAACCACAGGCGGGAGAACUUCGAGAA